ACCGCUUUUCCAAUUCCCAACUACGAGCCCCGAGUUUGUAGAUGGGGCUGCUCGGCGGCGCCUGCGGCUGAGAGAGAGCAGCAGCGGCGGGCGCAGGGGAGCGGUGGCGGCGCGGAGGCGGCCGAGGUGCGAGCCGCAAUGCAGCAAGUGUUGGAUAACCUUACGGAGCUGCCCUCAUCUACAGGAGCAGAAGAAAUAGACCUAAUUUUCCUCAAGGGGAUUAUGGAGAAUCCUAUUGUAAAAUCACUUGCUAAGGCUCAUGAGAGGCUAGAAGAUUCAAAACUAGAAGCUGUCAGUGAUAAUAACUUAGAAUUAGUCAAUGAAAUUCUUGAAGAUAUCACUCCCUUAAUAAAUGUGGAUGAAAAUGUGGCAGAACUGGUUGGCAUACUCAAAGAGCCUCAUUUCCAGUCACUGUUGGAGGCCCAUGAUAUCGUGGCAUCAAAAUGUUAUGAUUCACCUCCAUCAAGCCCAGAAAUGAAUAAUUCUUCUAUCAAUAAUCAGUUAUUACCAGUAGAUGCCAUUCGUAUUCUUGGUAUUCACAAAAGAGCUGGGGAGCCAUUGGGUGUAACAUUUAGGGUCGAAAAUAAUGAUCUGGUAAUUGCCCGAAUCCUUCAUGGAGGAAUGAUAGAUCGACAAGGUCUGCUUCAUGUGGGAGAUAUCAUUAAAGAAGUCAAUGGUCAUGAGGUUGGAAACAAUCCAAAGGAAUUACAAGAAUUACUGAAAAAUAUUAGUGGAAGUGUCACCCUAAAAAUUUUACCAAGCUAUAGAGAUACUGUAACCCCUCAACAGGUGUUUGUGAAAUGUCAUUUUGAUUAUAAUCCAUACAAUGAUAACCUGAUACCCUGCAAAGAAGCAGGAUUGAAGUUUUCAAAAGGAGAAAUUCUUCAAAUUGUGAACAGAGAAGAUCCAAACUGGUGGCAGGCUAGCCAUGUAAAAGAGGGAGGAAGCGCUGGUCUCAUCCCAAGCCAGUUCCUGGAAGAGAAGAGAAAGGCAUUUGUUAGAAGAGACUGGGACAAUUCAGGACCUUUUUGUGGAACCAUAAGUAGCAAAAAAAAGAAAAAGAUGAUGUAUCUCACAACCAGAAAUGCAGAAUUUGAUCGUCAUGAAAUCCAAAUAUACGAGGAGGUAGCCAAAAUGCCUCCCUUCCAGAGAAAAACAUUGGUAUUGAUAGGAGCUCAAGGUGUGGGACGAAGAAGCUUGAAAAACAGGUUCAUAGUGUUGAAUCCCACUAGAUUUGGAACUACAGUGCCAUUUACUUCACGGAAACCAAGGGAAGAUGAAAAAGACGGUCAAGCAUAUAAAUUUGUGUCACGGUCUGAGAUGGAAGCAGAUAUUAAAGCUGGAAAAUAUUUGGAACAUGGGGAAUAUGAAGGAAAUCUCUAUGGAACCAAAAUCGAUUCUAUUCUUGAAGUUGUCCAAACUGGACGAACUUGUAUUUUGGAUGUCAACCCACAAGCCCUGAAAGUGCUGAGGACUUCUGAGUUCAUGCCCUAUGUUGUAUUUAUUGCUGCUCCAGAACUAGAGACAUUACGUGCCAUGCACAAGGCGGUGGUGGAUGCUGGUAUCACUACUAAGCUUUUGACGGACUCUGACUUGAAGAAAACAGUGGACGAAAGUGCACGGAUUCAAAGAGCAUACAACCACUAUUUCGAUUUGAUCAUCGUAAACGACAAUCUAGACAAAGCCUUUGAGAAGCUACAAGCUGCCAUAGAGAAGCUGAGAAUGGAGCCACAGUGGGUCCCAAUCAGCUGGGUUUACUGAUGAUUCAAUAAGGUUCAUAAUGGAAAUAAAACUUUUUAAAAGUAACUGCAACAAAUAAGCCUUCUACUGAGAAAAUACAUGCACAGAUAGAAGAUAUCUGCCAAGUUCAGGCAUUUUUAUUGUGUAGAUUGAAAUACCAGUACACUAUUCUGAAUUUUUAUAUAAAAUGUGGUUGGGAAGGUGUACUAAUAUAUAAUUUAUCUUAAUUUUUCUAACUUUUUAUGGAUAACCUUUCUAUUCAUACCACAUAAAGAAAUGCGUUGAAGCAUUUUGUAUAUGUUUUGAUUUAGUACCCUUGCCUUUUUCAUCAAAGGAAUUUUCAAAGCCUUCAUUCUUGCAUUGGUCUCCCAUUUUCACUGUGAUAAUGAAUACUUGAAAUAGUUUUGUAAAUCUGUCCUUUAGUUCAGUAUUUAACUAGUGAAGGGUCAGUUACUCUUUAUUAGGAGAAAAUAGUAGUCGUUGGCCUUCUUUCCUAAUACAGGUUCUUAAAGAAACAGAACUAUAAUGUCCAUACCUUCCAAGUCUGACAUCAGAAGUCUGCUCAACGCUACAUGGUUUCGUUAUUUCAGAGAUAUAUGGCUAUCCAUUCUAAUUUAAGCAGAUACAAUGUUUUUUUUCCCUUCUUUUCCAUCUUGAGGGAAAAAGUGAAGAGCAAUACUUCGCACUCUCAUUUGUUGCCAUGACAGGCUCAUACUAAGUGAAUGUGUACACAGCAAGCAAGGCCAUGCAGGGUAAGAGAGUGCCUUAUCCUGUAACACCUAACACAGCAAAAUGACACAUAAAGUUGAUUUAUUUUCACAUGUAGAAAUUUGACAAAAAUGAACCUACUGCUUUCAACAGUUUUUUAUUAGGAUAUGGUCAGCAAAUGUAUCAUGCCUUUGCAAAUUCCUGUGAUGCUUUAAAAUGCCUCUAAGUUUGCAAGUGGGGGAUUUUCUGAACAAUCAGCAUGCUUUUUGAAGUGUGAUGUGAUUGUUAGAAUACUUGUUAAAUCUUUUGUGUUAAGAACCAAAUCCAUUGAACAACUUAGGAGAUUUGGGAAUAACUGUCAGCUGUCUUACCUAUAUAUAACAUAUACAUUAUAUAAUAUGUACAUUGUAUGUAUUAUAUAAUAUACAUUAAAUAAGGUUUUAUAUAUUUUUUUACAUU